AUGGCAGAGCCAUGGGUCGCAGCAGCAGCGGCAGUAGAGGUGGUGAAGGAUAGAGGCAGCCAGUGGCGAGUGGGUAUGUAUGGACCCCCUUCUUCCAUUGGGUGGGGGCAGCAGGCAAGUGGGCAUGGGAGGGGAGAGAAGAGCGAGGCAGCAGAAGCAUGGCACAGCCAUGGCUCGCAGCAGCAGCUGCAGUGGCGGUGGUUCUUCACCAACUGCUUUCGCGCUUCAGCAGGUACAAGUGCAGACGCCUUGCUGGGAGACGAGAAUCCACGCUCCACCGCAGAUUGCACGCAAUUUGACUCCAACCUCGACCAAGGAAGGCCACCAACACCUGCCCUCGCCUCCACUUCUCCUGCUGGUCCUCCCACAUCCAACACCACUCCUCCCAGUAGCCCAACUCCCCCACAUCCCCCUCACCUACCCCCUCACCUACCCCCUCACAAGCCCCGUCCACACCCUCUGCCUCCUCCUCCACAUCCGUCACUAAUCCCAGCCAUAACCUUCGCCCCCCUGCCCUCCCUCCUAUGGCCGUCUGCUUGCUGGCACUGCUGGCUGCUGCUAUGCUGGCUCAACGGCGGAGAACUGGGAAGGCGCAGAGGCGGUGGGGAAACGAGGGAGUACGGCGGAGGCGGAAUGCAUGCGCGGAUGCGGCAGGUCGACGUGGCGAUGCGCGCCAGCGGCAUGAUGGGCGGAGGAGGAGCGGAGAGCGCGGAUGAGCUGUCGUUAGAGCAGCUGAUGGGCGUGAGCCGAUGGUGCGUGCUGCGCGCCGUAGAGGUUGGCGUGACGGCGAGACUGGCGGAGAAGCUUGGGCAGAUGGAGGAGAGAAAGAGAGAGGAAGCGAGGGAGAGAGUGAGAGAGGAAGAGAGGAGGGUGAGAGACGAGAGGAAGAGAGAGGAAGAAUGGGAGAGGGUGAGGGAAGAAGAGAAUAAGAGGGUGAGAGAGGAGGAGAGGAGGCGAGAGGUGGAAAAAAACAGUGUGAGAGAGGAAAAGAGAACGAUGGUGAGUGAGGAAGAGAGAAACAGAAUGAGAGAAGAAGGGAGGAGGAGAGUGGGAGAGGAAGAGGCGAAUAAGAAGAGAGAGGACGACAGGAAAUCAAGUGAGGCUCUAGAAACGAGGACGAAGAGGCGCGAAGAGGAGUUGAAAUCAGCGUUGAGUGAGGCGGAGAGGGCGGUGGUGGGGUUGGAGGCGAGCAUUGAUCAGAAGGUGAACGAGAUACUUGCGCAAGCACUGCUGCUUCGCCGCGUCGUAGAGGCCAAGGUGACUUUUGAGUCGACUCAGAAGUCAUCUCGCUUCAUGGAGGCCGAGGCCGAGGAGGAGGCGGAGAUGCCCUUUCAAGCUGCGGCUGGAGGCGGUGCAGGGCGCAAGCGAGCUCGCAUGGCUGAUGGCUUGGCUGUUGGACACCGCAUGAAGGAGGUGCGUGUUAUCGGGCAAAGCAUACCCUUCCAGUGUUCCCCAUUUCAUGCCACCCAUGUGAUUGCUCCCAUCCCGCUCCCCCAUCCCGCUCCCCCAUCCCGCUCCCCCAUCCCGCUCCCCCAUCCCGCUCCCCCAUCCCGCUCCCCCAUCCCGCUCCCCCAUCCCGCUCCCCCAUCCCGCUCCCCCAUCCCGCUCCCCCAUCCCGCUCCCCCAUCCCGCUCCCCCAUCCCGCUCCCCCAUCCCACUCCCAUUUCCCCUUCGUCUGCAUUGCCACACGCGUCCAUAGGGCAGCUCAUUGCAGACAGGCACUCCCCCCAGCCGUUCCCCCAUUGCCUCCUCACCGUUCUCCUCGCCCAUCAUCACUCCACCCCAUUGCUCCCCAAUCGCCCCCGCCUCGCUCCCACGCUUCUCCUUGUUGCCGCCCCAUUUCUCGUUGCCUCUCCCCCGUGUGUGCUUUCCCUUGCAGCACCUGGACACCCUUUCAACCCAUGCAGAGGCCGCGAGAAGGCUCAGGAGGUGAAGAGUCAAGUGCGAGGGCUGUGGAAGAGACACGGGUUGGAGGGUGGGCCAGAGCAGGUUGAUGUGGAAGAGGCGGAGGAAGAGGAGAGAGAGAAGGAAGAAAGGCGAGAGAAGGAAGAGGAGGAGAAGGAGGCAGGGGAGGAGGAGGAGGAGGCAGAAGAAAAUGAGGAGGCGGAAGUAGAGCGUGAGGAUGAGGAGAUGAGGGCAGUGGAGGAAGAAGUGGGUGACAGUUAUAACUUGGUGCAGCCCCGCGCCCAGGCACGCCUCGCAGCAGCCGGACUCGCUCAGAGGGGGGGGAUGGGGGACAGGGGCUUAGGCGGAGGUGCUGGAGGGGCUAUGCCGGUAGCAGGAGAGGAAGGGAGACGAGGGGUGGGAGUGGCAGGUGGAGUGGACGGGAAUGGGUUGCUGCAUGCACGGGCAGGGCAAGGGGCACAAGGGGCACAAUGGGACCCUCCCAAUCUGAAUCUCCACACUCACUCUGCCUCGGCCAAUGCCCAGCAGCCCUUGGAGAGGCUAAGGGAGCUGCACAUCAGCCAAGUGAGUGACGCCCUGCUGCGAGAUGUGGCCAUGUUGGGGCGCCUGGAGGCCUUCUCCUGCACGUGCAGCGAGGGGGUGACUCCAAGUGGAUGGGAGCAGCUGAGGAGCCUCACCAAGCUGACGCGGCUGCAGGUGGCACCAGCAAACCUGGAAGACCAUUACCUGGAGCUGCAGUUUCGCUGUGAUUCCCUGCCUGAUAUAUCCAGAGUUUCCCAGCGCCCCACUCCAUACAUCAAACGCGUUUGUGACUGUGGCGAUGGGCUGUGCAACCCCAAACACCCCUGCGUGGAUGGCAGUGUGUGGCAGGUGGUUGGUGCGCUGCAGGGCUUGCAGCAGCUUGGGGUGCAUGGAGUGGCACGCAGCGAGGAGGACCUGCUAGCCCUCACCGCACUCACACGUCUCACCACACUCCACAUCACCGGCACCCACCUGCACGAUGAUGCAUACUUCAGGGAGUUUGCUCAGUUGAGGGAGCUGGGGCUGGCUGGAUGCAGUGUGGAUGUGGACUCAGGCAUGGCUGUGUGGAGCUACACCAUUCCACAGCUACAAUCCCUGGAUCUGUCGGCCACGCGAGUCAGCUACAAGGGCGUUUCUCAGCUUUACUUACUUAAAAGUUUGCAGCAUGUAAAGGUGCAGCAGUGCUGCAACCUGCGUGCGGCGUUUGUGAGGCAUCUGAGUUUAGUGCCCCAGCUGAACGAGCUGGACUUGGGAUUCAACUACGUGCAGCCGGGAUGGUUGAGGCCUGUUCUAUAUGAGAAGCAGGAGGCCGGGCUGUGUUUGCGGCAUCUGGUGCACGGCAUGUGGUGCAUGUCAUGUUGA